AUGUCGUUGAACAUCCCCAACGCCCCGAACGCGGGCCUGUUCAAGGGGGGCUACAACAACUACGACUCCGAGGAUGGCGCCGUCCUGCGCAACAUUGACGCCUGCCGCGCCAUCGCCUCCACCGUCCAGACCUCGCUCGGCCCCUACGGCCGCAACAAGAUCGUCAUCAACCACCUGCAGAAGAUGAUCCUCACCUCGGACGCCGCCACCAUCCUCAAGGAGCUCGACGUCGUCCACCCCGCCGCCAAGCUGCUCGUCAUGGCCAGCCAGCAGCAGGAGGCCGAGAUGGGCGACGCUACCAACCUCGUCAUCGUCCUGGCCGGCGAGCUGUUGCGCAAGGCCGAGGACCUGCUGCGCAUGGGCCUCAAGACCGCCGACAUCGUCACCGGCUACGAGCGCGCCGCCCAGUUCGCCCUCGAGGCCCUCGAGCAGCUCGUCGUCGACAAGGUGGAGAACAUCCGCGAUCAGGAGGAGCUGAGCAAGGCCAUCCGCACCGUCGUUGCCAGCAAGCAGAACGGUAACGAGGACUUCCUCGCCGACCUGGUCGCCGAGGCCGUCCUGGCCGUCCUGCCCAAGAACCCCGCCAACUUCAACGUCGACAACAUCCGCGUCGUCAAGAUCAUGGGCGGCGCCCUCGAGCAGAGCCGCGUCGUCAAGGGCAUGGUCUUCCCCAAGGAGCCCGACGGUUCCGUCAAGAAGGUCCAGAAGGCCAAGGUCGGUGUCUUCUCGUGCCCCCUCGACACCAGCCAGACCGAGACCAAGGGCACCGUGCUGCUGCACAACGCCAAGGAGAUGAUGGACUUCACCAAGGGCGAGGAGGACCAGCUCGACAUCGCCAUCAAGGAGCUGUACGACGCCGGCCUGCGCGUCGUCAUUGCCGGCUCCACCGUCGGCGAGCUCGCCAUGCACUACCUGAACCGCUACGGCAUCCUGGUCAUCAAGAUCCUGAGCAAGUUCGAGUUACGGAGAAUAUGCCGCGUCGUCGGCGCCACGCCCCUGGCCCGGCUGGGAGCCCCCAUGCCCGACGAGAUGGGAUCCGUCGAUGUCGUCGAGACCCUCGAGAUUGGAGGAGACCGUGUGACGGUGUUCAGACAGGAGGACGAGGUUACGCGGACCGCCACCAUUGUCCUGAGAGGCGCCACCCAGAACCACUUGGACGACGUCGAGCGGGCGGUGGAUGACGGUGUCAACGUCGUCAAGGCCAUCACCAGAGAUCCCAGGUUAGUGCCCGGCGCUGGUGCAACAGAGACCCAGCUGGUGGCACGGAUACAGGCCUUUGGCGACAAGACUUCGGGUCUGCCGCAAUACUCUAUCCGCAAGUUUGGUGAGGCCUUCGAGGUUGUUCCCAGGACACUGGCCGAGAGUGCUGGCCUGGAUGCCACCGAGGUUCUCAGCAAACUCUACACGGCACACUACAAGAAGGACGACUGGAAGACCGGUGUGGAUAUCGAGAACGACGAUGGCACCGGUCUCCUCGAUGCCAAUGACGACGGCAUCCUCGACCUCAUGGUUACCAAGGCAUGGGCCAUCAAGCUGGCCACAGACGCCGCGCGGACCGUGCUCUCGGUCGACCAGAUCAUUGUAGCAAGACAAGCCGGCGGGCCCAAGCCCCCGGGCCCCAACCCCAACUGGGAUGAUGACUGA